AUGACAGUUUCGUGCCCUGGACCGCCACCAUGCCCGCCGCCGUGCCCACCAUGCCCAAGAAUGCCUUCAUGCGGUGUUCCUCCACCAGCUAGAAUACCCGUGUUCCCUCCGCCAGUUCUACCAGCACCUAUCUGCCCACCACCAAUUUGCCCUCCACCUAUUUGUAUCAAGGUGCAACCACCACCAAUUUGCCCGCCGCCAAUUUGUAUUAAGAUUCAGCCACCAGUAGUGUGCCCACCUAUCGUUCGACCACCACCGAUUUGCCCGCCGCCAGUUUGUGUGACAACGUGCCAACCUCCCGGUAUAGUACUGUUUUUAAAUAGUAAUAUAAAAUACUAG